AGAAUCUAAACAUUGGGGGAUGAAGGGAGCGGAGGCCAUUCAUGUAAUUGGCCGUACAGAUUCAUGGUUUAACAAAAGCCACAACGACUCCCAUUCUUCCACCACAGAAAUUUCCUCUCCUCCUAAAUUCACUUAUCUCUUUCUAUAUAAUUGCUUCGUUCCCCAACUUUCUAUCUUCGUGCAGCCCCAUUCAAUCCCCCAUUUUACCCACUUCGUCUUCUCCUUUCUCCUUCGUCUUCCAGUUCCGUUUUCCCCAUCUGGGUUCUCCUGAUUUCUCUUUAAAAUCAACUACCCAUGUUCGACUUUGAGGAACUGGUGCGUUGGAAUUGAGCUUUCGAAGGAGAUUUAUUGUUUUUAUCACAACCCAUCUGCUCGAGGUAAGGGGUAAAACCCGGGUUCGUCAGGCUGUAGACAUCACGGCUAUACACGUAGUUUCCCGGUCGUUCUUUCAUGUCCGGGCUGUACGACGGAAGGGUUGUAUAACUCCGACAAACCCUUCGCCGCACGGCGGACGUGGUGCUUUGCCUUCCGAAGGUGGUAGUCCUUCUGAUCUUCUUUUUCUCGCCGGCGGUGGAUUCUCUUGCUUCUUCUCUUCUUCGUAUUAGCUUUGCAACGAGUCCGUUUGUGUUUUAGCUCUACCGGUUUAGGAUUUGACAUCAGCAAGUUUCUGUUUUGCGUUUCUUUGUUUUGGGUGGGGAGAUUUUGGUGUUGGGUUUGGUUUGAAUUAGAAGCAGACGAUAUGUUGAGGAUUAAGCGUGUUCCUACUGUGGUUUCUAAUUACCAAGAGGACGAGACAGAGAAUGUCUCUCGCAGAACAGGGUGCGGCCGGAACUGUCUUAAUAAGUGUUGCAUUGAAGGAGCCAAGAUUCCAUUAUAUGCUUUCAAGAAGCUAAACAAGAUAACUGGCUCAAAAGGCUUAUGCUGCGAAUAUGAGAACAGUGUUCCUCCUGUUGCUUUUCUUGACUCUCUGCUUCUUGGCGAGUGGGAGGACCGGAUGCAGCGGGGGCUUUUUCGCUAUGAUGUUACUGCUUGUGAAACUAAGGUGAUUCCUGGAAAGUAUGGUUUCAUUGCCCAGCUCAACGAGGGGCGUCACCUGAAGAAGAGGCCAACCGAGUUUCGCGUUGAUAAGGUUCUCCAGCCCUUUGAUGGUAACAAAUUCAACUUCACCAAGGUUGGGCAAGAAGAGGUCCUCUUUCGGUUUGAAGCAAAUGAAAAUGAGAAUACACAGUUUAUUCCAAAUGCCGCUUUUGAUGUUGAGAAUUCUCCAAGCGUUGUUGCCAUUAAUGUCAGCCCUAUUGAAUAUGGACAUGUGCUCUUGAUCCCACGUGUUCUCGAAUGCUUGCCACAAAGGAUCGAUAGAGAAAGCUUCUUGCUUGCUCUUCACAUGGCAGCGGAGGCUGGAAAUACGUACUUCAGGCUCGGGUACAACAGCUUGGGUGCAUUUGCUACCAUCAAUCACCUUCACUUUCAGGCAUAUUACUUGGGGGUCCCUUUCCCUAUUGAGAAGGCACCAACGAAGAAAAUAAUCACAUUGAAAGAUGGAGUGAUCAUCUCUGAGCUACUAAAAUAUCCUGUUCGAGGGCUCAUCUUUGAGGGCGGAAAUACUCUGCAAUCUCUAUCCAACUCGGUGUCUGAUGCCUGCAUAUGCCUUCAAGAAAAUAACAUUCCAUACAAUGUCUUAAUUGCUGAUUGUGGGCAACGGAUCUUUCUUCUCCCACAGUGUUAUGCUGAGAAACAAGCACUUGGGGAAGUGAGUGCGGAGCUGCUCGACACCCAAGUCAACCCUGCUGUUUGGGAGAUAAGUGGUCACAUGGUGUUGAAGAGGAAGAAGGAUUAUGAAGAGGCGUCGGAGGAAAAUGCAUGGAGGCUCCUUGCUGAGGUAUCCCUAUCAGAAGAGAGGUUUCAAGAAGUGUGUGCUCUCAUCUUCGAAGUUAUCGACACAGUUGAUGCUGAAAAUACUGAGGAUAGCUCGAGCAUGCCUGAGGAGCAUGGUGAUGGUUGUGAGGAGCAUGGUGAUGGUUGUCUGAAGGUAGUGGAAGCUAGAAACAACACCACCCACUCGCUCCCGGUUACUGGGACGAAGGAAUGCUUAGUUUAGUUCUACAGUGACUACAAACGUAAGGGUGUUGAUGCAUAAUAUAAAAGCUUUUUAGUCAUGCAUGGUGGAAAAUUUGUGUGGAGUAGAAGUGGUGUUCUGAAUAAGACUUUGGUUGGAAGUUUGGGUGUACUAUUUAGUUAGGACCCUAUGUUUCAUGUGUACUUUUAUUAUAUCAUGUGAAAUAAUAGUUUCUACAGUGUAUCUAAA